GAAUUUCUAUCAUAUGAUUUUGCGAAUUCGCCAUGCGGUUCGUUGAACGGCGCAAUGUAGACGGAAUGCUCGGUUCGAGGUUUGGUUCGGCAUGUGUGAACGCACCAUUUACACGAACGCAGGCCUUUGUGUGACGAGUGACGUAGGCGCGCUGUUCACACAGAAACGCAGUCGCAGGUGACGCAGUGGCUCUUUUCACGCCACUGCGCAAGCGCAUAACGUUUCGUGAACUGCUCACGCUAGAAGCAGUUUGCUCCGCAGUUUUCGGUUGGUGACCGAAGUGAGUGUUUAUUGUGGAGCGUCGCGCAGUUUUUAGUUUUCCAGUGAUGGAUGACAGAGUCAUUAGAGCGGUGCGCAAGAAAUCUGUCCUAUACGACCCCAAUGACCGUGACUAUUUGAAUAUUAAGGUGAAAACUCAGCUAUGGGAUGAAAUUGCCGUUGAAGUUGGUUUGGCCAAUGGAGCCGCUGUGAAAACAAUAUGGGAGAAACUGAGACAUUCGUUCAGGGAUGCACUCCGCAGACAGAAGAACAUGAUCCGCAGUGGGGUGGCCCCCGAGUCCCUGAAAACCUGGAAACACCAGAGUGAAAUGGCCUUCCUGCUUCCCUACAUGAACAGCAGACGACGAGACACCAGCAGUUACCAGGAUGACAGCGACAACGACAACUCUCAAAUGGCUCACAACAAUUUCGAAGAUGGACCCACCGAGAUCGACCUCCAAGACCUGAUGGGUGAGGAAGACAUCGCUGGACAUUCCACGUUAUCCUUAGGCGACAACUCUGCUCUGAUCACCAGCACCUCGAAGAAGAGGAAGCUCAAACCUCGUAAAACCUCAAAGAACCAACAUGACAUCACAUCCAUGUUGAAGCAACAGAUGGAGGAACAGGAGGAGGAGGAGGUGGAAGUGCCGCCCAUAGCAGUCAGAAAAGUGGAGGAAAGGAGAGACUCUACAUUGCCGAAAGAUCCUCUCUAUCAUUUUUUUAUAUCUAUGUACGAAACUACCAUCAAAAUGCCUCCUGCAGCUCAGCAUACUGUGCGUAAUCAAAUAUUUAACGCGGUCACAAAUAUGGAAGCCACCUUACUGGACUUCAAAGGUAUUCCACGGUCAUAAUCUUGAUUCCGAAGUGAGAUAGAUGACCUUGAUUAUUAAAAUUAUUUCCAAAGUCAAGACUGAAUAUGGAAGCCACUUUACUGUACUCUAAGGUAUUCCAUGUCAAUAAACUUGAUUCCAAAGUGAAAUUUAAGUUGUUACCUCAAUUAUUAUAAAAAUUAUUCCCAGAGUCAAGUCGAAGCGAUCUCCUAAGUUAUCAACAAAUCAGCUUAUUAUUGAGAUUAUAUAUGUAAUAUCAUAGCCACCUCUAAUACAAGGCCGCGGCCUACGAUAUUGCAACGUCGCAGUGUAGGCCUAGAAUCUAAUACAUAAUUGCUGAAAAAGAUUU